AUGGUCUCCGCUACUCCUUUCCGCCGCGCCGAGUUCAAGAGCGCCUACGGUCCCAAAUAUCAAUUCCAGCCCAACUUUCACGGCUGGUCCAGCCAGACCAUUUUCCGAUCUGCUUUCCGUUUGUCCCUGUUCGGCGGUGCUGCUGCUAUCGGUGCUCUUCUCUUCACCUCUGGCAUUCCCCGAAUUCAGCAUGAUAUCCUCGACAAAAUUCCCGGCAUGGCCAAGUUCUACCGCAAGGAGGUCCACCCCCAGGACAACCCUUUCUAA